CGAAAGUCAAAACCCAACGGCUUUCCCCACCUUUUCCUCCCCCUGUCACGGAAAUUCGCCAACUAAAAUUUGUUUCCCUCCAAAACCCGCAUCUCCCGUCCUAUUCCGUUUUCCCCACCAUUUCGAACGCCAAAACCCUAGCUCCACCCCAUGGACGCGAGCGGCGGGGUCGUCUUCCCGUCUCCGGCGACGGAGGACGAGACGAUAGCGCGGAAGCGCUCCCGCCGUGUGAGUUUCGCGGACACCACCAACGUGCACUUCUUCGAGCGCGACGAGGACUUCGAGACACCUCCGGAAGAGCGCCCCGCUUCUCCCUCCCCCUCCCCGGGAAGGCCGCUCGCAGGGGACGCGGCGGAGGGCGACGAUACGGAGGGAGAGGAGGAGUUCGUGCGCCCGCCGUUUGGCUUCCUGGGGAAUGUCGAUGUCGGUUCGUCCUCCCCCGGCAGCGCCGCUGGAUCCAUCUCCUCCUUCGACGGAGAUGGCAACUUCUUUGGGGUCGUGUCAACGAGCUUUAUUCAAUCGGGGAGACCAUCAGAUUCUGGAAUGUCGGAGGAUGAUGGCCAUGAUGUGACUUUGGAUUCUCGCACUUUCUCUAUGCAUUUCAACAACGUUGUUCCUCCAGAUGAUUUUUCAGCCCACUCAGCUGGAAGUCUAAGGAUACUCAACUCGGAAUCUACAACACCACUAAUGGACUUGACUGGAUCCCAGUCUGUAAAAUCAAGUACUGGCCGGGAUGCAUUGACUGACAUGAGUGUGUGUGCAGACAACCCUGAACGCUACGACUAUACUAAGUUGUCACCCACAUUGAGCAAUUUACUGCAAGAGGCCCAGGAACAGAAGUCUACUAAAGAUGGCACUGAUUUUGUAAAUCCUGAUCAUGCUUUGAGUCUGCCUGCAUCGAAAGAACACAUGGAAGAAAAAGCAUGCGUCGAUAUGUCUUUUGAUGAGCUUGGCACUGUUAGCUCCCUUGAGGGACACAUCUCUAUCUGUAAUCCGGCAUGCAGUAGCUCUGAUCUGAUUCAGGAAGACGAUGCAAUGAUUGCUGAUAUUCAUGAUAAAUAUCAGACCAGGUUGCAAGAGAACUGCAAUGAUGACCAUAUAUCUCAUCCUGACGCCAAUACUGUAAAAACUCCUAUGUUACUCUCUCCACCUCCAUCAUAUGGAUCCUUCAUGAGUAAUAUUGACUUACAACCUCCUGUAUUGGAUCAGCCAUCAAAAGAUCAACCAACUGGAGCAAAUCAAAUUGCAAGUGCUUCCAUUUUGUCUAGUGCAGUUCCUACCUUUUCACUGAGUGAUGCCGAGCAGAUGCACCAGCAAAAUCAAAACAUGAAUUCAGAAACUGGUCUACUUACUCCGAGAAUACCAGUCCAACCGUUGCAACUUACAAACGGCUCUGUAUCGUCCCUACGGUCCAAAAGGCAGCAGCUCUUCAGUCCUAUUGCUCCUUCCCCUGAGGCAUGUCCUUUGGGGAGUGCGUUCUUAAAACAUGGUAAGAGAAUUUCAGCCCUAGAUCAUGUACUGAAGUUCAGGCUUCAUGAAUCACCUCAUAAUCUCCGAUUACCAAUGAUUGAGAGGAAUGAACUUGUUCUUGAACCAAAUAACACAUUCAGCAAAGCUGGAGAUCAUGGCUCCACCGUAUCAGUUUCUUCUAAUUCUGUUGCACCACAACAGCUGAAAAAAACUGUCCAGACUUCUAUUCUAGACGCUCCUUCGAGGCAGGAACUAAAUGAGGCCACUGAGGUUCAGGAUACUUCAUGUGAUGGUAGUCACAAAUGCAGUUCUCCUCUGGAUUUAGAUGGUAGUCGAAGAAAAAGGAGCGCUGAAGAACAUGGCUUCGCUGAACAACAGUUGCAUGAGAAAAGAGCAAAAGGACCAAGAAGCCCAAUAACAGCAGGGAAACAGCUUCCUUGUGUAUCUUUGUCUUCUCGGAUGACAGAAGAAAAUCAGAGUGCGGCCAGUGAUAGUGAACAGUCAUUAAGUGAUGAUUGGAACAAGGUAGUAUUCACUAUAUCUAAUUCGAUAAAGCAAUUGCAAAUUUGCCCAGCAUCUAUGCGUAAGCUUAACCCACAACAGCUUGAUAUGUUAGGAGCUAUGCUGGGGAAGAUUCAUGUGGCUAGAAAAUAUAAGAGGCUUUCUACUGCUGUGAGGAUUCAAGAUUCCAGACUAGCUGAGGCAAGAUCUCUCCAUGACAAGCUUUUAUACGAAAAAGCGAAACUGCAAAUAAAUCAUGCCAAGCUAGAUAAAUUGCGGAAUAAGACACAGUUAUGUCAAGUUGGAAUUCAAGAAUGCUGCUAUCUGAAAUCAAAGAUUUCACAGCUUCUUCGUCUGACAGCUGGUGCUGCACAAAUGAAGGGCAAUCUUCUUCACGCAGAAACUUUGAUCAAUGCCAGUGACAGACAGGAAGGACAUGCUAGGAUAACUGAAAAGAAGCUUGUACUCGGCAUGAUUCAACAGAAGGUGGAGGACCUAAAGAGUUUGCUUGAACAUUUUUGCAACAUUAAAGGAGAUAUUAGUGAAGUCAUCAGGGUUUCUAAAAAGCAGUUGGAGAUGAGAAAUCAGUGUCAGAUCAUCAACCAGCAAGCAUCGCUCUGGGAGUUGAAUGACAUUUUCGAAAGGGAAAAUAAGCGUGAUGUCAUUCUCAACUACCACAAUUUGCUGUUCCAAAGGGUCAUCUUAAACAUCAGCGAUAUGUCAAGCAUAUUUGUGAAUAACUCGCUGAGUGGAACCAAAAUAGAACAGGCAUUUCCAAAUUUGAAUGCAUCUGUGGCAUUCAGUUUUGUUUUCAAAGCUGAGGAGAACCAAAGUGUUAGUGACUUGAGAUCCUUGCAAAAGAAGACAAUGGAAACAAGUUUGCUUCUGGGUAACCUUGUUGAUGUCCUAGAAGAAAUCGAUUAUGCUAAAAGGGAGUUAUUGAAUCUGAUCUCUGCAGAUUUUGGUGUGGACUCCCAGACAGGGCAACUUGGCUUCAGUCUCCGCUUCAUCAGUUGCAAGAGCACCAAGAGGGUUGUUUUCUCCAUUGACAUGACAGACCUGACCCGCGCGGUCUACCCGUCUGAGCCAUGCGAGCUACCGAUCAAGGUGAGCCAAGCUGAGACAACGCUGUCACAACCAAGCCUGGACAAGCUUACGGUCUCCAUAAGAGACCUCCAGCCAGGUCGCAUGUUGAUCCUCAGGCUAUGCCGGAUGGUUUCUCGGUUAGUUAACUCAUUACCAGGCUGACCCUUGCUCACCGGACUACCAAAUCGAGCAAAUCUGAUGGACAAGUAACACCGUCUGUAAAUACCGCUCUCAUCACCUUAGUGCUCCUAUUUUUCGUGGAUUUUCUGUUGCAAGUGGAGUGGAGUAACUUAGUGCUCCUAUUUUUUGUGGGUGUCUGAGUAUUCUCAGUCGCAAAAAAUUUCUGUUCUUUCGUUCUUUAAACGAACGAACUGUUGCAAGUUCACUAUUAUGUGCAAGGAAUUCAUGCCAUGUGAAGAUCCUGUGAUAGUGGCUAGUGGAUCGGGACGAAUCUAGUCGUAAUCAUUGUGAAGCCUUUCUAUCUGUGCCUGUGCACCGUUAUGUAAUACAGGUUUGCUAUUUCGCAA